ACUUUUUAAAGUGAAAAUCAGAAGUAAUAUAAAAUUGUCGACGUCACUAGCUCUAAUCUAUUUCCGCCGCCACGAACACCGCUCGACCCCGUUCCGUCCGAUAAUCGCCGCCACGGCAAGCAUCUCGAGUAUAUGCUUCUUCAAGCAGUGCCAAAGUCCGCAUCAGCCUACAUUUCCUUCUCGAAACUCUUGUCGGAGCUCUCCCAAACCAAGUCCGUAAAACAAGGACUCCAAAUCCACGCGCACCUAAUCAAAACUGGUCUAUCCCGAGACGCGAAACACCAUAACCAUUUGAUAAAUUUCUAUUCCAAGUGUAAAGUCUUUUCCCAUGCCCGAAAGCUGGUCGACGAAAGUGAAAAGCCGGACUUAGUUUCGUGGUCUUCUUUGAUAUCCGGGUACGCCCAAAAUGGACUCGGGCAAGAAGCCCUAUUGUCGUUUCGAGAAAUGCAUGCCUUGGGAGUUAAGUGCAACGAGUUCACCUUCCCCAGCGUGCUCAAAGCGUGUGCAAGUACAUCCGACUUUACGCUUGGUAAACAAGUUCAUGGAGUUGUAUUGGUUACUGGAUUUCAGUCGGAUGUAUUUGUCGCCAAUACUUUGGUGGUUAUGUACGCAAAAUGCGGUCAUUUGAUCGACGCUAGGACACUGUUUGAAGACAUACCCGAAAAGAAUGUCGUUUCUUGGAAUGCUCUGUUUUCAUGUUAUGCGCAGAACGAUUAUUUUAGUGAAGCAAUGGCGUUGUUUCAAGAAAUGAUUGCUAGUGGGACUAGGCCAGACGAGUUUAGUUUGUCGACUGUAUUGAAUAUUGCAACGGGGCUAGGAGAUAUCGGUCAAGGGAAAAAAGUUCACGGGUAUCUAAUAAAGCUUGGAUAUGACGGAGAUCCAUUCUCGCUGAAUGCACUAGUCGACAUGUAUGCAAAGGGGGGCGAUUUCGGAAACGCAAUUACCGUAUUCGGUAAUAUUCAAGAACCCGAUAUCGUUUCUUGGAACGCGAUAAUUGCUGGUUGUGUGUAUCAUGACUAUAACGGUAAGGCCUUGGAGUUGUUAGAGCAGAUGAAGAAAUCCGGGUUAUGUCCGAAUAUGUUCACUUUAUCGAGCGCUCUUAAAGCGUGUGCGGCGUUAGGUUUACCGGAAUUGGGUAAACAGUUUCAUGCCGAAUUGAUAAAGAUGGAGGUAAUGCGGGACCCGUUUGUGGCGGUUGGACUCAUUGACAUGUACUGCAAGUGCCGUUUGAUGAAGGAUGCGAUGAUCGUUUAUCGUUCGAUGCUACCAGAAAAGGACUUGGUUGCAAUUAAUGCAAUGAUAUGCGGCCACUCACAGAACCGGGAGGAUGAAGAAGCUCUAACCCUAUUUGUGGAGAUGCGCAAGCGAUGCAUGGAAUUCGACCAGGCGACUUUACUAGCAGUUCUUAAUGCGAUUGCUGCGUCGGAGGAUAUUGUUUUCUGCAAGCAAGUUCAUUCGCUUGUUGCGAAGUCGGGUUACAAAGCCGAUAGUUUCGUUUUAAACAGCCUUGUCGAUUCGUACGGGAAAUGCAGACACGUACUCGAUGCAGCUAGAGUAUUCGAAGAAUGUCCGGAUACGGAUUUACCGUCUUAUACAUCGUUAAUGACAACUUACGCGCAAUGCGGGCACGGCGAAGAAGCUCUGAAGCUGUACUCGAAGCUACUAGAUAUGGAGCUUAAGCCGGAUUCUUUUAUCUGCAGUUCUCUUCUUAAUGCUUGUGCAAAUUUAUCGGCUUACGAACAGGGGAAGCAAAUCCAUGUUCACGUCUUGAAGCUAGGGUUUAUGUCGGAUGUUUUCGCCGGGAAUUCGCUGGUGAACAUGUACGCCAAGUGUGGAAGUGUAGAGGAUGCUGGCAAUGCGUUCGACGAAAUUCCCGAGAGAACCGUUGUCUCGUGGUCCGCUAUGAUUGGCGGGCUUGCGCAACACGGUCAUGCCAAAGAAGCCCUCCGUUUGUUCGACGACAUGUUGGGCGACGGGGUUUCUCCGAACCACGUAACGUUAGUCAGUGUCCUUUGUGCGUGUAAUCAUACCGGUUUAGUCGACGAAGCUCAACGCUACUUCGAUACUAUGAAAGAGCAGUUCGGCAUAGAAAGAACGCACGAGCACUACGCUUGCAUGAUCGAUGUUCUUGGCCGAUCAGGGAAUUUGAAUAAAGCGGUCGAUCUCGUAAAUAACAUGCCCUUCGAAGCCAACGGUGCAAUUUGGGGGGCACUUCUUGGAGCUGCUAAAACCCACAAAAACGUAGAGCUAGGCCAACGCGCCGCCAACAUGCUAUACGCCCUCGAACCGGAAAAAUCCGGUACGCAUGUUCUUCUCGCGAAUAUAUACGCAUCGGCGGGAUUAUGGGAAGACGUCGCGAAGGUGCGGAGAUUAAUGAAAGAGAGUCGAGUUAAGAAAGAACCAGGUAUGAGCUGGAUGGAGGUGAAAGAUAAUAUAUACACGUUUACAGCUGGCGACAGAAGCAACCCUAGAAGCGAAGAGAUAUACGCGAAGCUCGAGGAAUUGGGAUAUUUGGCGGCGAAAGCUGGGUAUGUACCUAUGGUGGAGAUUGACCUACACGACGUUGAAAAGAAAGAGAAGGAACUUCUUCUCUCGUACCAUAGUGAAAAACUCGCGGUGGCUUUUGCGUUGAUUGUGACCCCACAUGGAGCACCGAUUAGGGUUAAGAAGAAUCUCCGCAUAUGUUUGGACUGCCAUACGGUAUUUAAGUACAUCUGCAAGAUUGUGUCGAGAGAAAUCAUUAUUAGAGAUAUUAGCCGAUUCCACCACUUUAGAGGCGGAUCUUGUUCGUGUGGGGAUUAUUGGUAACAUUAUUUUUCAGUCCCGAGUGGACUCUUAUGCAGCUAAAAGCGUAAGCUACUCUGCUAAUUAGAAAUGUUUCGUUAUUUAGACGGGUGCCGAAAGUGACGAGUCCUAUAUUAUGAGACUGUGGCAUUAAAUUAUAUCUUUUUUCCUGAUUUGCGAUUUCGAUCU